AGACUGGUCGUGUAGUUGUACAAGUGUAGGAGCAGCUGCAGGAGGUGAAGAAACGCGCAAGCGUUCCUACUCGCAUUGGCCAAGAUGGACUGGACGUUUGAAAUGCUUCGCUAUGCUUUCUCAUGGAAUGCAGAGGGUGCAGACCGGGGCAUGCGCUAUGUCGCUGAUGUUGGU